UUUCCUGUGUAAAAUAGAAGUAUUUUAGUAAGAGUGUCAUCAAAAACCUUCAGCAAACAAGAGAGUUUUCAGUCUCAUUGUGUUCAGACUCUUUUGCCAAAACAAGAUGCUGCGGAGAAUCGUCCUGAUCACCCUGCUGAUAUCCUCAGUUUGUGCCCUUCACUGGGAAAUGCACAAAGGAGAUUCCAUUAGAAAUGAAUUUGAAGAAAGCUCUGGUGAGAUAGAAACAGAACAACUCCCUGGAAAGUGCUGGGCUUGCAAGUGGGUGAUGAAGAAACUGAAAAAGCAGAUCUCCAAUGGAGCAACUCCGGAAGACAUUAAAAUUAAGCUGGGGAUGAUCUGUGAUGAGAUCGGCUUCCUAAAGUCAAUGUGUAGGAAUUUAGUGAACCAGUUCACGGACAUUCUGAUUGAAGAACUUUCAACCACUGAUGAUGCCAGAACCAUCUGUACUAAUAUUCGUGUUUGCAGGAAAUAGGAAUGGAGUUAAUGAGUUUAUAAAAGUUAAAAAAUCAUAUUUGAUCGAUUAAAGGUAUGCAUAAGGCUUUUUUGUUUGUUUGUUUGUUUCUGAAAGGCUUUCCCCCCGAGUUAUUAUUGCUCUAAACCCAGUUUGUAACCCCGGGUAUGGAAUGUUUCACAGUUCUAAUUUAGAAGCACGGUACACUCUUUUUCUGCAUUCUGCUUUCAAUUUGAAAAUAAAUGUGUUAAAGAAGCUUUAA